AUGUGGGUUGUCCCCAGAAGUUGCCGCUUCUUUAUCAAAGAAAGCAGGGUUGAGAAAACUCUUUUACCCAAACUUGAGUUUUUCCAUUCUCUGGGGAUUUCUGGUACUGACCUUGCGAAUAUACUUUCCUCAAACCCUGGUAUUUUGUGCCAGAGCUUAGAGAAACAAAGUAUCCCUAGCUAUAAUUUCCUCAAGAGUUUCGUUACCAACGAUGAAGAAAUUGUUAAUGUUUGGAAGCCAGCAACUUAUUUGCAUGAUGUGCAAAAGAAAGUUGUACCCAAUAUCUCUGCUUUGAAAGGAAUUGGAGUGACACAAAAACUGAAGGCUUAUAGGAGUUGGGGUUGGUCUGAAAAUGACUUCCGGUUAGCUUUUAGAAGCUAUCCCAGAUGUAUGACUCUGUCUGUGGAGAAUAUAAAUACCAAAAUGGACUUUUAUGUGAACAAGAUGGGUUGGCAACCUUCAGCAAUUGCUAGAAUACCUAUGGCUUUAGCUUAUAGUUUGGAGAAGAGAAUCAUCCCGAGAUGCAGGGUUUUAUGGGUUUUGUUGUUGAACGACUUGAUUAAGAAAAAAUUCGGUUUGUCUUACGUGCUGAGUUCCUCUGAAAAGCGCUUCGCAGACAAUUUCUUGUCCAAGUAUCAGGAACAGGUUCCACAACUAUUUGAUAUAUAUCAAGGGAAAGUUGAUCUUUCAGAACUGGGCAUUGGAUUUUAG